GCAUACGAUCAUCGUCUCUCAGACUUUCCGACGUUGCCGCAUAGCAUCAGAAAAAAAUCAAAUCAAAUCAAAAUUGCCGAUUCCUCGGCCACCAUGCCGUCCUCUGUUUUCAGAAGCCUUUUCACCUCCUUGUUCAUCUUCGCCGGAAAGCCCUAUAUACUGUUCUUCCGUAAUUUCGAACCUCUGCGCCUCCUUCGUCGGUUCAUCCUCUCCGCCGUUCUCGUCUUCCUUCGCCUUUUGACCUCAAUUUUCGCUGUUAAAGGCUACAACGAAUUCCCGAUUAGAUCUAUCAAGUCGGAGAGUUCUCGUGCGGCGGCCGUAGACGGCCGCGGACGCGAGCCGGCUAUUGCUAGAGCACUGGCGCAGAUUUUGUCCAUCGUGACUGAUAUUCCGGUUAGUUCCAGAAAGUAUGAAGGCGCGAGAUCGUUGGCCGAGAAGUUCAUUGAUGAAAAUGUUUCCUAUGAGAGCAACCUGUUGACGGAAGUUAAUUGCGAUGUGUUAUCGGCGGCGUUUUGCCUGACGCUUAAGCAGCUUGAAUCCGCGUUGAUUGUACGGAAUCGGCAGGUGGAUCCUGCAAUUGGGAUUCCAGGCGGAGGCAGCUCCACCACCGAUCAUUACCAGAGGUUCCGCCGCGUUAUAGGCGCGGCUGGGUUCUAUUGGGAUCUUAUGCUGCGGGGUCGGAGAUCCGGGGAUGCCCUACGCAGAUUGGAGCUCUCCGCUGAGAAGCUGGCAGCGGAAUUGCUAUGGCUGGCUCAUAAAAUGACAGCCUGUGGCUGUGCGCAGGAGGCUCUUUGUAAGUGGGCUUCUGCUCAACAUUUGGCUCGGGUCUCUCUAUCUGCUGAACCAAGGCUUCAAGACGCCCUCGUCAAAGUUUCAGCAUUCUUACUGGAUCAAGCAAUGAAGAUGUGGGAAGAGGCAGAUGAAGAAAGCAUGAAAUGUGAACUUAGAGAAACAAACAUGAAUGUGAUGGUGUCAUGGUUGCCAUUGUUGUGCCGUGCAAGCAAUGGCACAGAUACUCCGGUUUUGAGCGUCAGCAGAAGAGCAGAGGUAGAAAGAACAUUGGAGCAGAUGAUAAAUACAUUGGAGGAAGAAGAGCAAGAAAGAGUUCUGUCUCUUUGGCUCCACCACUUCACUUAUUGCUCAUCGUCCGACUGGCCAAACCUCCAUAGCUCUUACUCUCGCUGGUUCUCAGCGUCUCGCGCCUCUUUCUUGUGCUCCCUUAACUAAAAAACUGGUACUCCUAAUCCGCACUACAUGAUGCAUCAUUUAUGUUUGGUUGAAAUGUGAAAGGGCAUGUUUGUCCACAUACUGAAUACAUGCCCGGUUCAGGACUAAUUUCAGUUUUAAACCACGUAACUUGGACUCACUUUAGUUCUCAGCAUACAUAAGUAUCAUUCUUAAUCUGCGCGAGGUAGGCAUGGCAUGCGAACCAAAUUGAGUCCACAAAGAAAGCCAAUGACCAAAU